AUGUAUCGCCGGACAACACUUGGGAAUACACUUCAAGAAUCUCUUGAUGAGAUGCUCACCCACAACUUAAUAACCUCUGGAUGCGCAAUGAAAAUCAUGCAGAAAUUUGAUCAGUGUAUCUGUACAGCACUUUCCAAGCGUGUGAAAAAUCGCCUAUUUUUGAAAGGUCACCUAAAUACCUAUCGUAAUUGUGACAAUGUUUGGACGCUCGUCAUGAACGAUGUGGAGAUACGGGAUGCCUCUACACUGCUUCAUGUGGACAAAAUAAAAAUUGUCGCCUGUGAGUGUAAGGAUGCCAAAAGCGCAAGGACUGCGGCCGCACUCAAGGGAAAUUCCACACUGUCCUCCCAAAACAAUACAACAUUAGCUGCACCAAAUCGCGAGUCCGAAGGUGGCCCAACCAACCUGGUAUCAUUGAGCGAUGACAAAGCCUAUCUGUCGGAUGAUGAGGGGAGGGCUUGA